AUGGACUCGAUGUCCACCCCGCCUACCUCGCCCAUGAGCGGCCACCCGCACCGCGCCUCGAUAGCAAACGCGCUGCGCACUCCGAGGAGCUCAAGCCGCCUGAGUCUUGGAGGUCGGGCUGGAAGCAGUCGCGCCUCCGACGAAGACUCCAAGACUGCGGUGAAAGUGGGUGAGUACCUAGCAGUCGACCCCUAUCGUCUUCUCCGCUGA